AGAAGAGAGGCGGGGUCUCCCAAGGCCGGAGUCCCACGGCGGGCGGAGUCCACCAGGCCCCGCCUCUGGGGCCGCGCGGGCGCAUUGGCUGCACGGGGCGCGGGCGCUCGGUGGCACUUUGAACGAGGCGUGAAGCGGCUGGAACCGGAGUUACGGUGCUGACCGGGGUCCGGCCAGGUCGCUGCCGCCCUGACCAUGGCCGAGGCACGCGUGUCUCGCUGGUACUUUGGGGGGCUGGCUUCCUGCGGGGCCGCCUGCUGCACGCACCCGCUAGACCUGCUCAAGGUGCAUCUGCAGACCCAACAGGAGGUGAAGCUGCGCAUGACUGGAAUGGCCCUGCGGGUGGUGCAAACCGACGGCGUCCUGGCGCUCUACAAUGGCCUGAGCGCCUCGCUGUGCAGGCAGAUGACCUACUCCCUGACUCGGUUCGCCAUCUACGAGACCAUGCGGGACUACCUGACCAAGGACUGCCAGGGGCCUCUCCCCUUCCACCACAAGGUGUUGCUGGGCGGCAUCAGCGGUUUGACUGGAGGCUUCGUGGGGACCCCAGCAGAUUUGGUCAAUGUCAGGAUGCAGAAUGACAUGAAGCUGCCCCUGAGCCAGCGACGAAACUACUCUCAUGCCCUGGAUGGUCUGUACCGUGUGGCCCGUGAAGAAGGCCUGAAGAAGCUCUUCUCUGGAGCAACCAUGGCGUCCAGCCGCGGGGCCCUCGUCACGGUGGGCCAGCUGUCCUGCUAUGACCAGGCCAAGCAGCUGGUCCUCAGCACUGGGUACCUGUCUGACAACAUUUUCACUCACUUUGUCUCCAGUUUCAUUGCGGGUGGGUGUGCCACAUUUCUGUGCCAGCCCCUGGAUGUGCUGAAGACCCGCCUGAUGAACUCCAAGGGCGAGUAUCAGGGUGUUUUCCACUGUGCGAUGGAGACAGCAAAGCUUGGACCACUAGCCUUUUACAAGGGCCUCUUUCCCGCCGGCAUCCGUCUCAUCCCCCACACCGUGCUCACCUUCAUGUUUCUGGAGCAGCUCCGAAAGCACUUUGGCAUCAAAGUGCCAACCUGAUAUCGCCAGGGACAUGCGCGGCCACUGUGCUGAGCUUCCUGGAAGAAUGGGAAGGGAGCAGACGCCCCUCCUCCUUGGCCUGGGCCCGUGCUGUGUCCCCCAGCAGGCUUCCCACCCUUGGGCUGCCUCAGCCAGGGCUUGCUUUAGCGUCCUUGGUCCCUUCCUGGGCCCCCUGCUGUUGCACCUCUGCCCUACUUGCUCCCAGGCUCUCCACAUUGGGCUGUCUUCCCGCCCCAUGAUUCACUCAGGAGACCAGGUGUGGCCCAGGCUGCCGUCACUAUCCCCACCUCUCUGGUCGCUGCCCUGCCCCGCACGGCAAGCAGGGAGAAGUUGAGUGCACUCUCCGCUCCCGCUGGCCGUUCGCUGAGCCAUUUCCAGCCAGACCCUGAGUGGUGUGGCAGGGUACAGACCAGGGCAGCGUCUGCCACGCAGACAGCUCGAGCACCCGGGCCCGCAUGCACUGCCGUCAUGAGAGGGACCGCCAUGUAGUGCUCUAGAGAGAGUGCCUUCAGGAGAGGUGCAGCCUGCAGCACAGACCACCAGCAAAGGCCAAGACAGUGGGGUCCAGAGCUGGUGCCUGGGGUUCCCACGCGGGCCUCCUGCUUGCAGGGUCGGCUGCUUUAGUCGUCAUUUUCACUGACCCCUCCCACGCAGCAGCCGAGGCCAGCACCAGGAACUGGCUAUGUCCCUUACACAUCUGUGUCCUCCCUUUCCCGGCUUCCCCAGGGGGCAGAGCUGAGGCCAUGGAUUGUAUGUGCUUUCCCGAGACUUGCCUCCCUGUGUGGCCGUGGUCCCCCUCGUUAUCCCUCAGGCUUCAAAGCAGCCUGCCUUCCCUCAAAUGAGGUUGGGUGGCUCUACAUGAGUUUGGGCCUUGUGCCUGUUUGCCCCUCACAGUUCCCUCAGCACAAGGCCCUUGCCCUGGCCCUACCCAGGAGGUGGCAGUGGGCCCAGAGGCGGUGCCUGCUCUGCUCUUCGGGGUCUAAUAAACGGCGAGGCCUGGGAGACCACGUCUUCCCUGCACGCCCCUCACCAGCUCUGAA